UAAAAUUGCAAUUUACUUCUCAAUAAAUAAAUGAAGUCGUUUUUAACGAAAACGAAUCGCGCUUGUUGUGCCACACAGUUAAAUAUGAAUAAUAAAAACCCAAGCCGUAGGGUGAAAGUUGUUUCAAUCGAUAAGGAAUGAGUGAAAUUGGUAUUAGGGUCGAAAACCACGUUUCGUCAGUUUAGUCAAAGUUUUGCUGGCAACGUGCACACAGAAGACCGCACGACGCAAAAAUCCGUUUAUGUAACAAAAUACAAACUGAACAUGUCGGCGGCAUCGAAAAAAAGACCACCUGUACGUCAGUUAUCACUUCAUGGCGAAAAACAAUUUUAUAAAUCUCAGAAGCCGUUUAAAAAGCAAAGUUCUCUCGACCUCGCGAUUGAAAAUCCAAAACAAAACCGAGUCCAAAGCGCCAACGGUAGAAUAGGGGAUUUUGCGAAAUCUUCGGUAAAGUUAGCUUGGACUGAAGAUGUAUCAAGUUCUGAAUCGAAACCUUCUACACUAAUUGUAAGUAAAAAGAGCAGUGAAAAUGCACGCAAUUUCUUCAGGAAUACUAAACACAUUUCGAUUGAAACGUUACAUCCACACCAAGAAUUACAAAAAAGAUUGGAAGAAACCUGGAAGCGAAGACGAAAUAAACCAAACAUAAACAUUUAUCUAACGCCAGAUAAUCCUAAUACAGAUGAAAGUUCGUAUACAGAGAAUAAAACAGCAAGUCCAAAAAUAAUGUCACCCCUCUAUCCAGAACAUUUAGACGAAAACACUUUUCAGAAGAAGCUCAAAAGACCUUCAACAAAUGCUGCAAAUCCAAUAUCAGCAGAAAGAAGUAAAUGUAAAGCAGUGGUUGUAGUCCCUUUAAUUGAAAGCCAGCUCGAUUCUUCAAAGUAUUCGACUACUUCAGAAAACUUAAAUCAAAAUAAUGACAAACUUUUUGAAAAAUGUAAAACAACUAAAGACAUUGACAACGCUAAAACUGCUUCUUCCGCAUCCGAAUCAAAUGAAAAAUCUAGUAUGGUAAAUGUUGUUUUGAAGCCUUCCACCUCGUUAAGAAGAGAAUCGUUCCAGAAAAAAAAUGAUAUAACGAAAGAAAAUUUUAGACCUCCUUUAGUUAGAGCAUCUUCAGUACCAUCUAAGUUAGAUAAACCAAGAUUUACAGCACACAGGAGAAGAAUUAAAUCAGCCAAAAACAAAAAUAAGAAGAUUUUUCAUGAUGGUACAUCAGAUGAAGAGGAAAUAGAUUUUUCACAGGAAAGAUUCCAAAAGAGGCUACACAAAUUUAUACAAUUUUCUGGAUCAGAAAUUAUAACUAUGGUAUCAUUAGUAAGUCCCGAUAAUACAGACGUUGAGGAUAGCAUUGAAAACAAAAAAAAUGAAUCGAAAAAUUUAAGCGAAGAUCAUUCCGAGAAAUCGAAUUAUCUACGAAAGUCUAUCAAAACGGGACUGGAAAUGAGUGCAGAUGAUGUAGAUAUUGGAAAAAAGAAGAAGAAAGACAAUGCAGAAUAUGUUAAACGGAGGAAGAGAUUUUGUUUCGAUUCGCUUUUCCACUUGUCCGUUGAAGUUUCGCUUCUACUAUGUGUCCCAGCACACAUUUCGUUUUUGCUAUGUUUGUCGUUUUUAGGAUUCUGCACUGAUACCUACUCAAUUUUUGUUUAUAGAUUUGAUAACAAUGUAGGAAAUAUAUCAGCACAUUCAACAGAAGGUGCAGAAAACAAAGAAUCGACUACAUCAGAAAAAUUACCUAACGAUCCAAUAAACGAUAACAAACCAUCAUCGGAAGAAACUUCAACUGCGAAAGAAAAUUCGUCGCCGAAAUUCGACAGCGAUAAAGAAAAACAAUGUUGGGAACUGUACACGAAAGUCAAUCAAAAGGGAGUUAGCGUAACUUUCGAUACCAUCUUACGAGGAAUGUUAACGCCCACCGAAUAUAGGCUACGAAGGAGGCACUCCCUUGCAGAAGUCGAAACUCCUAAUAGCAAGAAUUAUCGUUGAUUUCAACUACUGAUAGCAAAACUAUUAAUGCCGAAAUGCACCAGCUACUUCUUGUAAUAAAUGCGAUAGAAAUCAGUAGGAAUAAAAUUCUUUAGCCUAGAAAAAAAAUUAACUACACUAGGA